AUGCGGCGCGCGGGUCCCUGCUCGCAGCCGGCGGAGAGAGCGCGCGGAGCACUGCUCGUGACGGCCGGCCUCACAGUCGCAGGCUGCCAAGCAUGUUGUGGUUGUGGCUGGGGCGACGCGUUCAUUUCCUCCCUUCAGGGCACCUGCUGCAAAUGCACCUUCUGGAGCAGCAGUCUGCUUAGGAAUAUACAGCAGAGGUACCUAUCAAGCUUUGUUGGUCAGAGGGUACGGUGCGUGCACUAUGGCGUCGCUUCUCUUUCUAAAGAGAAUCAUAGAACUGAUCCAGAAAGAGUUAUGCAGAAUUUCAAAAUGCUAAAUAGAGGAAUUUCAGGUGCAGCAAGGGAGGAAGGACAUGUUCUCAGUACAGCCAGUGCGCCCUUUUAUUUAGUAGAUAAAGACCUACUUAAAAGGCAGCUUCUGCGUACCUGUGGAGGCCUCGUAGUCUCUGGCUUUACAAUCUAUGGCGUUAAGGUUUUGAUUGACAGUUACGUUAAGGCUGUCAAAGAUAGUUACACGAAGUUUGUGGCUGUAAGUGUCGACAACACAGAACUUGACGACACGGAAGAAGAUGCCACGGAUUUAAGCACAAAAUUCAAUGAUGUAAAGGGGGUUGACGAAGCCAAAGCUGAACUCGAGGACAUAGUUUACUACCUACGAGAUCCCGACCAUUUCACACGCCUUGGUGGCAAGCUUCCGAAGGGUGUUUUACUUAUAGGCCCACCCGGCACAGGGAAGACCAUGUUGGCAAGGGCUAUGGCUGGGGAAGCUGGCGUCCCUUUCUUUGCGUGUAGCGGCAGUGAUUUCGAGGAGGUGUAUGUAGGUCUUGGGGCUAAGAGAGUGCGGGAGAUCUUUGAUUCAGCAAAGCAGCUGUCUCCUUGCAUAAUAUUCAUCGAUGAAAUUGAUGCGAUUGGUGGGCGCAGACACGCAGGAGGUUCGACGUUGGCAAGUCAGACCCUGAACCAGCUGCUUUCUGAGAUGGAUGGUUUCGAGCAGAAUGACGGGAUAAUUGUGGUUGCAGCAACCAACUUCCCCGAGUCAUUAGACAGCGCCCUUGUCAGGCCUGGGCGUUUUGACCGUCAAGUCAUUGUCCCUAUUCCAGAUGUUGAGGGCCGACGGCAGAUCCUUGAGGCUUACAUGUCAAAGGUGUCUACAGCCAAGGGUGUGGAUGUGAUGACCAUCGCGAGGGGGACGCCUGGGUUCUCAGGUGCACACCUUGCAAGCCUAGUGAACGAUGCCGCCCUCAAAGCUUCCAUGGAUGGAGCAAAUGCUGUUGGGAUGGAUCACUUUGAGUACGCCAAGGACAGGAUCAUGAUGGGCAGUGAGCGCAAGUCGAUGGUGAUAUCUGAUCAAUACAGGAAGAUGAUCGCAUACCAUGAGGGUGGGCAUGCCCUUGUUGCUAUCCUCACGGACGAUGCCGACCCUGUUCACAAGGCCACCAUUAUGCCUAGGGGAUAUACUAUUGGCAUGGUGGCGCAGCUGCCGGGGGAAGACAGCGAGCUCGAAGUCUCGAGGAAGCAGAUGCUGGCGAAUUUAGAUGUCUGCAUGGGAGGGCGGGUGGCCCAGGAGCUUAUAUUUGGAGAAGCAGGGGUUGGCACAGGUGCCUUGUCUGAUCUUAGACAGGCAACUCAGCUGGCGACAAAGAUGGUUACCAGGUAUGGAAUGAGCAAGCGGGUCGGCCUUGUUACCUAUAGCAAUGACGACGAUGUUGGCGGUGGCAAGACGAAGAACAUGAGCGGACGAACGUCAGAACUGGUUGAUGAGGAGGUGAAAGCACUGUUGGACAACGCUUACAAGAAUGCCAAAACGCUUCUCACGAAGCACAACAAGGAGCUCCAUGCGCUGGCAAAUGCCCUCCUGGAGCAUGAAACUCUCAGUGUUGACGCGAUCAAGAAACUAGUUUCGACAGCACGACAAGGGGAUUGUCCUAGCAGUAGCCAGCAAAAUCAGGGAACACCUCCUUGUGACGAGAUCUCGAAACUAGUAUCGACUGAACAACAAGAAGAUGGUCAUAACAAUAGCAAACAGGAUCAGGUAACACCUUCUCCCACUGGUAACGAGUUCAAGGAAUCAGCAGGUAGAUGA